GUGAAACUGCUUCGUGACUGUUUGAAGAAAAACGGGGACGCAAAUGCGAGAAGAGCGUUUUGGUACGAGCUCGUAUACAAAGUGAACAAUCUCCGAGAUGGACAUCGUAAAAAAAAAGAAGACGACGAAAAAGAGAAAAAGAUUGCCGUUUUGUUGAUGAAAGCCGGCGGAUUGUUGAAGGAAAUUGGUACAGCGAUACAGGCAAAUGGGAGUAUCGAUCAAUCCGAUUGGGACAACUUACUUGAACAAUUUGAUGCCAUUCAACCAGCAGACCCUCAACCGAUCGAUGAAAUGUUGGAGUUUGGAGAUUGGUUGAAGGAGAGAAAGAAUAAAAAGGAAGCUCAACAAAACGAGAAUUUACAAAAAACUGUGAAUGGGAAAAAGGGGAAUGCUGGAAAGGCAAAAAAGACGACGAAAAAGAAGAACGGCAACCCGUCACCCGAUCCACCG